CGACUCUUAGACCUCAGCGCUCAUGAACGUUUCAAUGAUAUAUAUUGCAGUGGCAUCUUUCAGUGACGAGCAGACUUCCAUUUGACCGUUCCUCCUACAGGACGCUGCACUGUGAGAUAUCGACCCACGCAUUGCAUCUUUUCGGUUAUCACCAUGAUGUUAAGGGCAUGUACAUGCCCCAAACGUCUGGACUAUCCACUGCCUUCCUUCCAGACCUCUCAGUCCAGCUCGAUUACUGUAUUGUAACGUCACUUUCUACUCUCGAACAAGAACACGCCUCUACGCUGAAAUCCCAGCUACCUAUUGAGACAGGAAACGUUCCCCUGGACGGAAUGGCAGCUUCUAAAGAAGAAAUUGCAGCUUCACCUACAGUAAGCCCUCAUGACGUCCCCGAAGGCGGGUUGAAGGCAUGGAUGACCGUCAUUGGCGCGUUUCUCGUCAUCUUUUGCUCUUCAGGCUACGUCAAUUGCUAUGGUGUAUAUGAAGAUUACUAUGUCCGUGAAUUUUUGAGCGACCACUCGUCUUCAAAAAUCAGCUGGAUAGGUAGCGUUCAAAUCUUGGGUUUGGGAUCCUUAGGCAUAUAUUCAGGUUUUUCCAUGGACCAGGGACACUUCCGGCCUGUGAUGCUAGCGGGUUCGACCUUGCUCGUGUUUUGCCUCUUCAUGACGUCCCUCACCCAAGAGCAGCAAUUCUGGCAGAUCUUUCUUGCCCAAGGAAUUGGGCUAGGCAUAGCCGUCGGGAUCAUCUAUGUUCCCGCGCUCGGUGUCGUUUCACAUCAUUUCAAUAAACGUCGGUCCCUUGUCAUGGGCAUUGUUGGAUCCGGAUCCUCUGUUGGUGGUCUCGUCCACCCGAUAAUGUUGAACCAGUUCUUUCAUGGACCUAUCGGUUUCCGUUGGGGUGUGCGGAUCAGCGCGUUCUUUAAUCUUGGGUUGUUAAUACUGGCAAAUGCGCUGAUGACGACCCGUCUGCCACCGCGCCUUGGAGACGCCAGCUUUGCUAAGCAGCUGGCUUAUUGGAAACACUUCUUCACUGACGAAGCAUAUCUAGCGGCCAUUGCGGGAAACUUUAUUUUGUUCUUAGGUGUCUAUUUCCCUACCUUUUAUCUCCAGCUGAAUGCCAUUGAACAUGGCGUAAAUGACAAUCUGGCUUUCUAUAUGAUCGCGGUUUUGAAUGGCGCAGGGGCAUUUGGACGGGUCAUGCCAACAAUUGUUGUAGAUCGCAUCGGCGUUUUCAACUCGAUCAUCCCGUGCGCUAUCGCAUGUGGGGUGCUCAUUUUUGCUUGGGUCGCCAUUACAAGUCCAGCCUCGGUAAUGGUUUUCGCCGUCCUCUAUGAGUUCUUCUCUGGUGCAGUAAUUUCCCUCCUUGGCCCGAUGAUUGCAUACCUGACAAAAAAUGUCUCCGAAAUUGGAGCACGACUCGGGAUGUGUAUGGGUAUUGCAGCUGUCGGAGGCAUGAUUGGUCCUCCCAUCAGUGGUGCUCUAGUCACUGGUACAUACACUGGCCAGACACAGUGGCUACGGCCUGUGCUAUUCAAUAUGUUGUGUCGCCAGCAGUUUGACUCUUACGCUUGUCCAAGUCCUUUCUCGAUGGAGUAGAAAGUGAUGAUGGUGUCUGAAAUCAAAUUGAGAUGUCCUCAUGAUGAUAAUAGAAGAUGAGAUUGCAAAGCUCGAUAAAGUACUUACCAGAUGCCGCCUAUCACAAUCAAUUCAUGAUCUCUUC